AUGGAGGUAGACCAGAAGUCCCCAUUGUUGAGACUGCCCAAUGAGCUGCUGUUACAGAUUUUCUCCUAUGUCGGAGGGGCUCACUGGCGCAAUGUUCGUCGCGUGUGUCGCCGCAUUCGUGCUGUCGCCCUGCCGAUAAUGCACCGGGACAAAGUGGCCGCCACCUUGAUAGACCAGCUCAAUCGCCCGUCCGUCAUAGACCGGUUCGAGCGAAACCCCGAGUUUGUCAGAUAUGUGAAAUCGCUGACUGUCCACUACCAUAUGGGCCUGACAGACUGUCUCCCCAAGUGCUAUGACAUAAUUCGGGACCCCCCGUAUGUGGAGGAUCUCUCGCCCCUGAUUGCACAAAUGGAACAACUUCAAUCGCUCGCGAUCAAGGGAAAUAGCCACGAGGUAUGCUAUGGAGCCGAACUGGCAAAGCUCGACCAGGAACAUCGCGCGCAUUGUACCAAGUCCAAGUGGAUGGGGGCAUGCACCAAAUUCCAAGAUCUUUUCAUCAAGUCUGCUUCCUCUCCCAUCCUCACCAACUUACAGACCUGCGUUCUCAACUUCUUUGACGUAGAUGAAUUUUGGGAUCUGUCGCUGCGUGACGCGACUUUCCUGCAUCCACACCUCAAGCGUCUUUCGAUUUCGGGUGCUAAAUCGGGCACUUUUCGAUAUCUGGACGAAUGUUACAGGCAUAGCACAGUGCUUGAAGAGCUCACUCUGCGCGGCUGUGACAUCAGCCCAGACAGUCUGCGCGGAAUCCUCACGAUACCAAAGGCCCUAAAACGACUCACGUUCAAUGGAAGAAUCCCCGGGAGACGGGCCUAUUCAGAUGCCCCAAGACAGUCGUACAUUGAUUCCAUCCAGGAGCAGGCACGCUCACUGGUUGCGUUAGAUCUUUGCCUCCCACUGGACGUCCUCUACCCAUUUCUACGGGAGCAUGCCCCAAAUACACCCGUGGAUUUCCAUGCAUUCCGCUCCCUACAGGAGCUGACGACAGUCACGCAGGUCAUUGAAGGAAACCCGGUCCUGAGGCCCCAUCCCCCGGCUACUAAUCCUUUCCCAGCCAGUUUGAAAACACUUCGUCUCCGGUACCUAUCACGUCAUCGCGACUCAGAGUGGGAAAGCCCAUAUAGAUCUGCCAUCCGGGGCUGGGCGGCUACUGGCGCGCUACCCAGCCUGACUUCGGUUGUCUUCAUCAAUCAUCCCACCGACAAUGACUGUGGGGUGCCGGAGGCAUGGCAAAUCGACAGCCCCAGUAGGAUUAUCACAUUCGAGAGGGAACCAUACAAGUGUCCAGCACCUCUGCCACAGCUUCCGGCCGGUGAAAAAUGUUCGUGCUGUGACUCUAACCGCGAGAUUGCAUUGCUUCCGGCGCUACAUUAUCUAUGA